AUGAAGUUCUUAUCGGCCGCUACCCUUCUCCUCACGGCGCCUUUGAUCUCGGCAGCCUCCUUUCCCUCAAUCUUCGACCCUUCGCAGGCUACGAUCAAGACAUCGGAGCGCCAGUUUCCCGUUGCUGGUGACAACCCUUUGGAGUUUUGCCAGGAACCCUCAAACCAUAUCCUCAAGAUCAAAGAGGUGGAUCUCUCGCCUAAUCCCCCGGAGCCUGGCAAGACCCUCACCAUCAAGGCCAGCGGUACUCUCAAAGAGAGGAUCGUGAAGGGCGCUACCGUCAAUCUGGAGGUCAAAUGGGGUCUCAUUUCCCUGAUCCACCAGACUGUUGAUCUGUGUGAUCAGCUCAAGAAUGUCGAUAUGGAGUGCCCCCUCGAGGCGGGUGAUAUGGUUUUGACCAAGCAAGUGGAUCUGCCAAAGCAAAUUCCUCCGGGCAAAUACUCGGUCUUGGCCGAUGUCUACGACAAGGACCAGAAGCAGGUCACCUGCCUGAAGGCCGACGAUAUCCAGUUUCACUUCUAG